AGGCUGGUGUUGAACUCCUGACCUCAUGAUCCAUCCACCUUGGCCUCCCAAAGUGCUGGGAUUAAAGGUGUGAGCCACCACGCCCGGCCCGUUCUUGAUUUUAAAGACACUUUUUUCACUAUUCCCCUGCAUCCCUCAUCCCAGCCUCUGUUUGCUUUUACCUGGACUGACCCUGACACUCAUCAGUCCCAGCAGCUUACCUGGGCUGUAUUGCCACAAGGCUUCUGGGAUAGCUCUCGUUACUUCAGCCAAGCUCUUUCUCAUGAUUUACUUUCUUUCCACCUCUCUGCUUCCCACCUUAUUCAAUACCUUGAUGACCUUCUACUCUGUAGUCCUUCCUUUGAGUCUUCUUAACAAGAUACCCUUCUGCUCCUUCAACAUUUUAUUCUCCAAAGGAUAUCUGGUAUCCCCCUCCAAAGCUCAAAUUUCUUCCCCAUCCAUUACCUACCUUGGCAUAAUCCUUCGUGAAAACCCGUGCUCUCCCUGCUGAUCAUAUCCUGCUGAUUUCUCAAUCCCCAACCCCUUUUACAAAACAACAACUCCUUUCCUUCCUGGGCAUGGUUGGAUACUUUCGCCUUUGGAUACCUGGUUUUGCCAUCCUAACAAAACCAUUAUACAUACUCACAAAGGGAAACCCAGCUGACCCCACAGAUCCUAAAUCCUUUCCCCACUCCUCUUUUCCUUCCUUGAAGAAACUUCUAGAGACUGAUCGCAUACUAGCUCUCCCUGACUCAUGUCAACCCUUUUCAUUACACACAGCUGAAGUGCUGGGCUGUGCAGGCAGAAUACUUACACAUGGACCGGGACCUCGCCCUGCAGCCUUUCUGUCCAAACAACUUGACAUUACUGUUUUAGGCGGCCAUCAUGUCUCAGUGUGGUGUCUGCCACUGCCCUGUAGUUUUAGAGGCCCUCAAAAUCACAAACUAUGCUCAACUCACCCUCUACAGUUCUCAUAACUUCCAAAAUCUAUUUUCUUCCUCACACCGACACAUAUACUUUCUGUUCCCCAGCUCCUUCAGCUAUACUCACUCUUUGUUGAGUCUUCCACAGUUACCAUUGUUCCUGGUCCAGACUUCAUUCCAGCCUCCCACACUAUUCCGGACCUGACCUCCACAUCUGACCUCCAUGACUGUAUCUCUCUGUGAUCCACCUGACAUUCACUCCAUGCCAGCCGCCAAGUGAUCCAGGGCUUGCUUUCCAGGUCCCCAGUUGUAGCAGGCGCCAGCCCGGCGUUCCUUCUAUGCCUCCACCUCUGCUCCUGCUGUCCCCCUGGUGCGGGCAGGUGAGUUCAGGAAUGGAGCCUAAACAGGGCGGGGGCCAAGCCUGGGGGGCUGUAGACUGCGGGCUUCAGAGGAGGGGAGGCUUCUGGAAGAAUCGGCACAUCUCCCCGAACUGCACCCCCGCUCAGUUCCUCUCUGCAGCUCCUUCCCGACAGAUCCACUCUCCCAGCCUGCUUCUCCCACCAGGGGAGGAGCUGGGCAGAGAGGAGGCUGGAAAGGAACCUCGGGAGGGUGGAGGGGCCAGGGGGCUGCAAGAGGGCGAAAUGGGUUGGGGAUCCCUAGCGCAGCCCAGCAGUCCCAAUCACCCUCGGGAAGGAGAAGCCAGAGCCCCUGGAACCUGAGUUGGGGUCAGGACGGGGAUGAAGGGGGGUUCCCAGGGACACAAUCACGGAUAGCCCCACCAGCCACAGGCCUGCUCUGCUCUCACCCGCUCUCCACCACACAAACCCUCCAGCACCCCCAGGGCUGCCUGCCCUGGAAUUUUUCCAUGCACUUUCCUGCAGACACUCACCUGAACCCAGGAGUUCAGCAGACACCCCUCACCCCUCCCGUCACCAUCCACUGACACCACCCAGGUCACAUGCUCUUACUCCCCACCUCAGCCCAGCUGGUCACCCCAGAGAUCUCCCCAUCCAUGAAGGGACCCUCACCACCUCCUACACCAUGCGGCAACUUCUGCCUCUGGCCUGAGGACACACCCCAGCAAACACACCCCAAGCUCCACACAGAACCUGUGCGGGGGGGAUGGGAAUCACCAUUCCCUCCAGGAGACCCUGGGAACUCUGACCCUCACUCUCUUUGCUAUGACAUCACCAUCAUCCCUAAGUUCAGACCUGGACCACGAUGGUGUGCGGUUCAAGGCCAGGUGGAUAAAAAGACUUUUCUUCCCUAUGACUGUGGCAACAAGACAGUCACACCCGUCAGUCCCCUGGGGAAGAAACUAAAUGUCACAAAAGCCUGGAAAGCACAGAACCCAGUACUGAGAGAGGUGGUGGACAUGCUCACAGAGCAACUGCUUGACAUUGAGCUGGAGAAUUACACACCCAGGGAACCUCUCACCCUGCAGACCAGGAUGUCUUGUGAGCAGAAAGCUGAAGGACACAGCAGUGGAUCUUGGCAGUUCGGUUUCGAUGGACAGGUCUUUCUCCUCUUUGACUCAGAGAACAGAAUGUGGGCAACGGUUCAUCCUGGAGCCAGAAAGAUGAAAGAAAAGUGGCAGAAUGACAAGGAUGUGACCAUGUCCUUCCGUUACAUCUCAAUGGGAGACUGCACAAAAUGGCUUAAGGACUUCUUGACGGGCACGGACAGCACCCUGGAGCCAAGUGCAGGAGCACCACCCACUGUGUCCUCAGGCACAACCCAACCCAGCGCCAUGGCCACCACCCUCAUUCUUUGCUGCCUCCUCAUCAUGUGCCUCCUCAUGUGUCCCAGGCACAGUCCAACCCACAGCCAUGGCCACCACCCUCAGUCCCUGGAGCCUCCUCCUCAUCUUCCCCUGCUUCAUCCUCCCUGGCUGCUGAGGAGAGUCCUUUAGAGUGACAGGUAUGGGGGCAGAAUUGGGAGGGAAGCAAGGAGUAGGUGGGUGAGGAGGGAGGACGAGGAUGGAGAAUUCCCAGAGUGCCACCCCUCCCCAUGGCCAGGAUCUUCUCAUCCUGACAUGAGACAGGUGAAUGAGACCUUGCGUUGCUAGUUGGCAAUGACCUGGGAAGCUCAGCCGUGAGUUAUAAUGGAUUCUCACCUUCAGAGGCCAGAGGGAAAUGGAGGGGCCCAUACCAAGGCUCAGGGUCUAUUGAGCUUGAGAGGGUUUAGCAAGUUCAGUUCUGAUUCAGAGCAGGUUCCUAUUGAGGAUGGGUGAGUGUAUGGCUUGCCAGCAGCAGGAAUUCAGAUAUGAGCAGUCAGUCCUCUUAAUUGGGUCAUGUGCAUCGUGUAGCUUUACAUGAGGUGUGAAAAGGGAAGUGAGAUUCCAUCUCUGAGGUUGAGAGAGAGAUAUGGGUCUUAUCCCAGGAGGAGGGGGCUGGGAGGGCCUUGGUACACCUAAUUCAAAAUGAGGAAGUGUAGGACUGCCUUCCCACAGGAAGUGGCUUGGGUUCAGGAAUUAAGGUGGAAGGCAAAGAGUAGAGGCUUCUCUUGAUUAAAAACCUUCUCAGUCAGUCCCAUGGAGCCAUGGGGUUCAAGUCUGGGCCGUGAAGCAGCUCCCCUGCCAUCCACCUUUUGCACACCCCAGAUCCUGAGCUGGCUGAUGGCCAUGCCUGGAGCAGAGUGGACUCAGACAAGGGGGAGCUGAGCUGCUGCUGGAGUUCCAUGGGCACCGCUGGGCUGGACCAGGAAUGGAUAAGGUGGAACAGGGACUGUCACCUUCAUAGCUAUGGGUGCUUCUCCCAGUUUGAGGAGAGGCUGAGUAAGAAGGGGAAGGAAGGAUGUUUGCCUGCAGGCCCACCCAAGGCCAAGGGCACAGGAAUACAGAGCCCUCUCUUUAGAUGGGCUCCCCCCAACCCUUGCCACGUUUUAGGCCCUCUUGUCAGACGGUAGAGAGGGCUUUGAGUGCAGGAGCAGGCCUAUCACUGCCAGCUUUAGUCCUGCAGGACCCUCCACUCCAUCCCCUAGUCAGGUGCAGGGCCUGGGCUGCCUCUGUGAUGUGACAAAGGAGGAAGGAGGUUGGUCCAACCUGCAGGCACCAGGGUUGGGGCUCAAAGGAAAAACAAGUCCUUUAGUGCAGGGGGCUCUGACAGGUGGAGUGACUAGGGAAAGCUUGCCCUGGAAAAGUGAUCCAGGUUCUCCUCCACCUCUUUAAUCAACAUUUGUGUCCUUUCUGAAUGUCAAAGAUAAUACCAAAAAGCCCCUGUGGCACAGUCUUGAUCAAUCUUACCCUUCUGGCUGGCCACCUGCUCACCACAUACUGUGUAUGUCCAGAGGCCUCCAGCAGAUCAUAAUGACACCAUGGACCCAAUAGCUCCUUCACUGCCUUGAUUCCUUUUGCCAGCAAUUUUACCAGCGGUUAUUCCUGUCAUUUUAUGCUAUUUUCUCUUGGUGCUACCUGAUGGAAUUCCUGAACUUAACAUCUGGCUGACUAAACAAGAUAUGUCAGCAUUUUCUUUCUUCUGCUUUUGUUUGGAAAAUCAAGUACUUCUUUGAGUGAUGACCUCUUUCUUACAAAUGAUAUUGUCAGUGAAACAAUCAUGUUAUAGUUCAGACCUCCAGGGUUUCUUUCCGUGUCCUGAAAGAUAAUUAUUUAAUUAUUUAACAAGCAAAAAUUAUAUUAAUGAUUGUUUUCUCUAGUAAUUUAUUGCUCUGUACUGAUAUUUAAAUGAAGGGUUCUAUUUCCCAAAAAACUACUGAGUUUAGAAUUUUGUUGUAUCACCCAGUAAAGACUUAAUGUUAUUUCAUUUUUCCUCCAUGAUAUGGAGUAACAAAUGAGUGAUUCUGCUAGAUUUUGUGUGGAAACAGAGAAUCUACAAAACAUGGCUGAAUAAAAUCAGAGACAGCACAAAUAUAUGGAAAAAUAUUUCAUGCUCAUGAGUUGGAAGAAUCCAUAUAGCUAAAAUGGCCAUACUUCCAAAAGCAGUUUAUAGAUGCAACACUAUCCCUAUCAAUACCAAUGUCAUUUUUCACAAAAUUAGAAAAAUCUAAUCUAAAGGUUAUUUGGAAUUAAAAAAAGAGCCCAAAUAGCCAAAACAAUCACAAGCAAAAAGAACAAAGCCAGAGGCAUGACAUUGCCUGACUUCAAACUAUAAUAUAAGGUUAUGGUGAUCAAAACAGAGUGGUACUUGUACAAAAAUAGACACUUAGAUCAGUGGAACAGAAUAGAGAGUGUCUAUUCACCCAAGCCUCCUUGCGCCUUCCUCUCUCUUGAGUUCCCCUGCAGUCCCUUUACGUGAGUGUGUACUUUUCCUUUUACAAUAAAUCUCUGUCCUUUGUCUGUUUUCCCA